GUAUUCAAAAGCCGAGUGUGUGGCUUCAGAAGUUGCUAAAUAGCCCAUAUAACCGCUGGGUCUCUUUCACUGUUUACAGCCCUUCCACAGAAGCAACAGAGACAAAAACAAAGCUAGCAUCAAAACAACUGAUGAAGUUAUAAGAGCUUUAAGAGACGUUAUCCCAGUACACGGGCAGUGAGGCUUAACUUUAGCAGCGAGAAGAGAAGCAAAUUUGGCAGUAGCUGCCAUAACGUUUGAAUCGUGCUAAUCUUUCACCUGCAAGGAUGGUUGUGCUGACAAAGAAGCCCAAGACUUUCGAGGUUGAGUUCCGUGACCCCAGCAAGGCUUUUUACCGCAGUGGGGAUAAAGUGGCUGGCAGAGUGGUCUUGGAAGUGUCGGAGGUGACCGUAGUCAAGGCUGUGAAACUGUAUGGAAUCGGCUGCGCCAAAGUGGAGUACCACAAAGGAAAGCAGCGCUGCAGGGAUGAAGUGGAGUACCUGAGAUAUGAAGAUGUUCUUCACGUUGACCAGCAGCCCACAGACUUGGAUGGCUCAGUUACUCUUAGACCUGGAAAAAAGUAUGAAUACAUGUUCGGAUUCGAGCUUCCCCAGUCAGGGCAGUUGGUGUCCUCAUAUAAAGGCAAGUUUGGCUCCAUUCAAUAUUAUGUCAAAGCAGUGAUGGAGCGGCCCUCCCACUCAGAUGUGGAGAGCAAGAAGUACUUUCAAGUGGAGGAACCACUGGAUGUUAACACGCUGGAGCUCUCGUUUCCAGCCACUGGUGCGAAGGAGAAGAGGAUGACCUGCAUGUUCAUUCCUGAUGGCCGUGUAUCCAUUGUGGCCAAGAUCAACCGCAAAGGCUUCUGCGAGGGAGAGGACAUCUGCAUCAAUGCCAAAUUUGAGAACACCUGCUCUCGCAUCAUCAUUCCCAAAGCUGCCAUCAUAGGCACACACACGUACCUGGCCAAUGGCCGCAAAAAGGUGUUCAGAGAGAAGAUCUCUGCUGUCAGGGGUGAUCAUAUCAUCUCUGGCAUGUGUGAUGUAUGGCAGAGCAAGAGCAUCCGUGUGCCUAAGCUGAAACCAACUGUCCUUGGUUGCAACAUCAUCCAUUUGGACUACACUCUGAUGAUUUAUGUGCACAUCCCUGGCAGUGAGAAGCUGAUCUUGGAGCUUCCCCUGGUGAUUGGGACCAUCCCCUACAAUGGCCUUGCCAGCCGCACCAGUAGCAUGUGCAGCCAGGAGUGCAGUGCAGCCUCCAACAGCGUGGUAUCCAUGCCCUCUGCACCUCCCAGUUACAGCGAGAUCCCCCAGCAUGGCCACCUGGACAGCCCCAUCACCCCACUCCUGGAUGACUAUGAUGAAGAUGACUGCCCCAUCUUCAUGAAUGUUGGAGAAUACUAUCACACACCUCCUCCUGCCUAUACUGAGGUGGAUGAGGACUGCAAUGACAGUGACAUUAACGUUCAGUUGGGCUAAACGGCUAAAGUUGCAAGAACUAUAAAAGGAGAUGAUAAGACUUGAAA